AAAUAUUUACGGUCGAUUCCUAUAGUAUCAACACAACAAAAAAUCUCUUGUACGUAAAAUAAGACACACGUGCCCAUCAGACGCGUGAAGCGGUAUUUGGAAGCGGUUAACCUCUAUUUACAAUUACUGUUCGACCCUCCAAAUCAUCAACAAAACAUUCCACAAUCAGUUGUCAAAAUGACAAACAAUGUGCCAGAUCUGGUGUCCAGCCACGAAAUGGAAUUGCAGUGCAGCGAUGGAGAGAGUGGAGAUGAUUGGGAUGAGAUUGAGGAUGACACAUGCAGGAUUAUCUGUCUAUUCUGCGAGAAAGAAUCCCGAGGAUAUUCGGAGGGAACGAAACACAUGAGGAGCUCUCAUGGACUAGACCUCGGAAAAUUCGUGAGGGAUUGUCAAUUGGAUGACUACACAUAUAGAAAGUUCGUUAAUUAUGUUAGAAAGCAUAAGCCCUCUCCUGGGGAUCUUGCCAGUUGCAAAAAAUCCUGGGAUAGUGACGAGUACUUGAUGCCUGUCCUUCAAGAUGAUGCCUGGCUCAUGCUGGAUAUCGAAGAGCUGGAGGAGGAGACAGGCUGUCCAGAGGACUCCACCAAGACCACCUCAUUUCCUGUUAACUGUGAGAAUGGAUGUGUCACUUUAUCUGAGACACAUUUCGCGGAGCUUCAGCGAACGAUUCAGUCAUUAAGGGCACAGGUGGAGCAGAGGGAAACUGCUUGUUAUCUGGCUAAACAGCAGAUUGACGAGAUGCAAAAAAAGGUCCAAAAUAUAGUAUUUGACGAUGAGCCGGAAAAGCCAUUGAAAAGAUGCGUCAAUGAGGUAGAAGUUUUGGCCGACGAAGGCUACUUCAACACCUACAGUCACUUCGCCAUACACCACGAGAUGUUAACUGACACUGUCAGAACGGAGAGCUAUCGUGAUGCCCUCCUAACAAACUCCCACAUGUUUAAAGACUGCACAAUGCUUGACGUUGGGUGUGGUACAGGUAUUCUCUCGAUGUUUGCAGCAAAGUCUGGAUGCAAGAGAGUUCUCAGUGUAGAUCAGUCGGAUGUCAUCUACCAUGCGAUGGACAUUGUCAGAGAGAACAAUCUCAAUGAUGUGAUUGAAUUGAAAAAAGGAAGACUUGAGUGCAUCAAUCUGGGGGUCAACAAAGUCGACGCUAUUGUAUCCGAGUGGAUGGGAUAUUUUCUUCUAUUUGAGGGGAUGCUCGAUACUAUUAUCUAUGCCAGAGACCACUACCUAAAACCUGGAGGCAAACUUCUACCCAAUCGUUGCACCCUGAGUCUCGCGGGGAGUGGAGACACGAAACGAUACAUCGAUUUAGUAGAUUACUGGUCGAACGUUUAUGGCUUUAAAAUGAGCUGUAUGAAGGAGAAGGUUGUCCAGGAGCCCAGUAUCGAAGUCUGCAGUGCCAAGGACAUUGUUACAAGUGUCUCCUUAAUUCAGGAUUUUGAUCUCUUUACUGUUGACACAACCUGCAUGGACUUUACCACUGAUUUCGAAUUGACAGUCAAGAAGACUGGUUCUUUAACGGCAAUUAUUGGAUAUUUUGACGUCUUUUUUGAUCUUGAUAAUCCUAUUUCCUUCAGCACUGGUCCCCAGGCAAAACCCACCCACUGGAAACAAACUGUCUUCUCUCUUAGUGAGCCUAUUAGUAUUAAAGAAGGUGAGACCAUACCUGGAAAAAUAAUCUGCAGACGACAUCCCAAGGAUAUCCGGGCCUUAAUUAUUACCCUCCACGUUCGAGAUUUUCGACAAGUGUAUCAUCUCGACUAGACCAACUGCCAAAACUACAAAGUCAUUCAAUGAAACGAAUUUUUUUCAAUGUUUAAGAUUGUUACAACGAAAGGAUUCUUUCUCUGAUUUAUGAAAAUUUCAAUUAGUCUUGUUUGCUAGAGAAUCAUUUCCGCCGGACAAUAGACAUACAAGAGUUUUCUCGCGAUUUUUGAAGAACGUUGAAAGACAUAUUAGCGGUUGGAGGUGAAUUAUUUUAGGAGUUUUGUCGAUUCAUUCGGCUUUUUAAAUAAUGAUUAAUAAUUCACGUGCCUUUAGCAUUUCGAUAAUAAUUCCAUGUACCAAUUACAUAUGCAUUUUUCUUGCAUAUAAUAUCAUCUGGAUGAUGAUAAUCAUUGUUUUGAAAUGUUGAUUCAUGUAUUGCAUGCUACACAAUCUAAUGUAUAGGAAAGUAAUAUUAUGAAAAAAGUUGAAUUUUUUGUCAAUUGUGUAUAUUUUUUUUUCAUGAGAAGUAUGUACAUUUAUGUUGAUAUAUCUCAUUAAUUAGGAUCGGGCGGAGCACAAAAUAAUGUUUUUAUUUUAUGUAAUGAAUUAAUUAAAUUUUGGCGAAUUGUCGUGCUUUUAUUGAGUUCCAAAGUUACAAAAAAUGAAAAAUCACAAAAAUAAUGGAAUUAGGCGGCUUAAAUUAACAUAAAGUUACAACUGAAUUCAAGUUGUCAGGAUACAAUGAAGUAGCACUCCUCUAGACUCUUCCGACCAAAUAACUUAACUGAAUAACGAUAACAAUCGUUGUAUUUCAAGCUUUUACAUUCUCAUAUUGCCAAAAAUUUGCAAUAAAAUUAAGUAUAUUGACCUUCAGGAUUGCAAUGAAAUAAGGCUAUGAGCAAUAAUAGUGAAUAAUGUUAAGGUUUUUGAGUACCUCCUGUGAUAUUAUAGAAAUCGCGAAUUUGACAAUGACCAUCGCCACAAUGAUAAGAUGUUAUGGAGAUAUAAACAGUAAGAGUAUUGUACUUUUUCCUCACAUUGAUGAGCUUCUGAAACUCAGCUUUUAAAAAUGAAUGUAGAUUUCAUUCGAAUAAAUCUUCUUUUUGAGCUAA